AUGACAAUUGACCCUUUAGUGGCUCUACGCAACGCCAUUCAAUCAAAUGCUAAGAUUGAGCUGCUCUCUUCAGAAGAAUACUUGCCAAGUUCUAUUCUUCCUGAUUCUGAAUUAGCUACAGCAAAGUACCUCCAUUUCCCUGCUAAUAAUAACAUUCAGCAACCACAACAAACAAUACCCCUUACGACAGUGACGCGAUAUGCCGCCAAUAACCAAACAAUCCCCAUCGACCUGCGUACUGUAUACCAUGCGUGGUUAGCGCGCGAACUUAAGGUCACAGAUUAUAUUACUCUCUCAAACGAGCGUGGAAUUAUGAACCUCAAAACAACAGACCGUACAGACCUCUUGACGUGGCUUAAAGACCCGCGCGCAACAAGUGCAAAUGUCAAGGAUAGCACAAAUGGCAGCGGUGCUGCUACAACUUCAUCAGGAGCUUCAGAAACUUCAGAAUCGGCCAAAGAGACAAACGGAAGCACUUCCAGUGCUUCUGCAAAACAAAGUAAGGAAAAUGGUGAUGCGCGGUCAGAGACGCGUGUCUCGGGAUCUUCUUCUUCCACAACAUCAGCCUCAGGUAGUACUCCGGUAAAUAACCCACUUGAUAUUGUGACACUUAUCGAAAGCGAGAUCCCCAGAAUAAGCCCACCAGAAGAUUACGGGGUGCAACAGAUUUAUGACGUGGAGCGUUCGCUUGUUAAUCGCAACUCUGUGCUGCACGGAACAAAACAAAUUGACUUCUCGCUCAUCGCCAAGGAAUGUCGCGACCAAAUUAUUAAUGUGGUUCGCAAUUCACAACGCUCAAGCCAUCAUGGUCAAUCGGCUUCUCGUCACGGAGCCUCAGGUCGCAAUGGAUACCCUCAAGGUCAGUACUCGCGAUCUGGUGAUCCCGCACUGGCUCCUCGGGGAGGCAGUGGGCUCAUUAAGGGUCCUGGAAGCAGCAGUAGCCACACCAAUUCAGGAUCUGGAUCGUCUAACGGUUCUCGUGGAAAUAAAGACCCAAUUAUUUUAUUGUCGCCAUCGACCUCUGCACUGCUAAACAUGGGCAACGUCAAGGCGUUUUUGGAGCGGGGUGAAUUUGUUCCUUCUACAUCGUCGAUUGGCGCAUCUAACCUGCAGUAUAUUACACGAUACAGCACACGCCUGGCUGGAAUUUCUGGGGGUAAUGGUAACAGUAGCAGUGGGAAAGGUGGAUCAGCAGGCAGCGGGUCAGCAGGCGGCCAUGGUGUCAAGGUCAAGUUUCUUGUUGUGGACAAUGUGGAGCGAUUCCGGCCCGAGUAUUGGGACCGUGUUGUUGCAGUGUUUGUAACGGGGCAAUCGUGGCAAUUUAAAACAUACAAGUGGUCUAACCCCAAUGACUUGUUUCAAAAAGUCGCUGGUGUAUAUCUGACAUAUGUGGGUGAAAGGGUGCCACCGGUGCUUGGGUCUUGGACCAAUAUUACGGUUGCAACUAUCCCCAAAAAUGAACGAUUUAGAGAUCGCGAAGCUGCAGAGCUCAUUUGGAACCAGAUUGAAAAAUGGAUGCUGUCUAAAGGCUGGAGAUUUUAA